AUGCUCAACAAAAAAAUGACAAAACCACUGAAGAGGAUAUCAAACAGUGCAGAGCUGAAGGCAGCUUAUCCAGACCAGUUUGAAAAAAUAGGCAACUUAAGUGGAACCGUUAACCUCUUUCUGAAAGAGGAUGCUGAACCAUUCAUUGACCCACUACGGAAAUGCAGUAUCCACAUAAAAGACAAGCUACAAGCAGAACUGAAUAAAAUGGUAGAGCAAGAUGUGAUAUGA